AGAGAUCGACGAUCCCCCAACCCCUUUUUAUUCCCAGCAUUUCCCCCCAUUCUCUCUAACCUCACUACCAUCCAAAAAAUAAUGGAGUAACGGUCCUUAGACCCUAGUAGGUGUUCCUUGUCUUGAUUCUCAUCAACAUCAGGCAUCUUCAACAGCCCAUCUCCCCCACCCCCUCUUCGUUUAAUUAAAUGUUUAUCAACCAACAUUUUCUUAAUUAUUAAUAUCUUAUUUUUAAUCAUUUUAUCAAAUCAGUCAAGUUUUUUUUUAUAUUAAUCACCAGACAAAUUCCCCCGCAUACUUUAAUUUUUUUUCUCAUCUCUUUUUCUGAAAAAGCCAUUGUAUUCUGUUCCUCUCAUUCAAGUAAAGUUGCUCACUUUCUUCUUUAUAUUUUUCUGGGAUUUUUGUCUAGUUUGUUUUGAGAUCUACCCAAACAAAAAAUGGGGUUUUCCCAAUGUAAUUACACUGAAAACCAACAAAUUUUUACAAAUUCUUCAAAUUCUCUCUCAUUAAUCCCUACUUACAAUGAUACUAAGGAUGAUGAUUACUGUGAUGAUAAUUACAAUGAGUUAAAGUUCAGAUCUUUUUUGAUGAAUAUGAUUUGGGAUUUUGGGUUUGGUUGUUUUGUGCCACAGAAGAGUAAAAUUGAAGGGCAAAAGAAUAGUAAUUCAGAGCAUAAUAAGGCAUGGUUGCUUGCAGAAUCAGGUGGUGAUUUAGCAAAUGGUGAACCUCAUUCUGUUCACUCCUCUUUUAGGUUCAGUUUGUGCUCUCAAGUUGAACUUGAUUCCUUAAAGACUGCAAAUUUGGGUUCUUCUACUACUGUUUUAAUGGUGAAUUUGGACAAUAUUUCGAGUGAUUCUAACUCCAAAGAGCUUAAAUGGCGUCGGAUUGAAUCAUUGGAGAAGAGUAUUUCUCCUGUUACUAAUUCUUUGAUCAGGUUUAGCUUUGAUGAAAUUCGUUAUGCCACCCGCAAUUUCUCUGAAGACAGAGUAUUGGGCAGAGGUGCACUGAGUUAUGUGUUUAGAGGUAGAGUUGGGUUAUUGAGAACAGCAGUGGCAAUCAAGAGGUUAGAGAAAGAGGGUAAGGAAACUCCCAAGGCAUUUUGUAGAGAAUUGAUGAUUGCAAGUUCUCUUCAACAUCCAAAUAUUGUUCCUCUCUUGGGAUUUUGUAUUGAUCCAGAGGAAGGCUUGUUCUUGGUCUACAAAUAUGUUUCCAGUGGAAGCUUAGAACGACAUUUGCACGGGAAGAAGAAGGGUGUAAAGGGUUUCGCAUCGCUUUCAUGGUCUGCAAGGUAUAAGGUUGCUGUAGGAAUUGCAGAAGCUAUUGCAUAUCUACACAAUGGAACUGAAAAAUGUAUUGUUCAUAGAGAUAUAAAGCCAUCCAAUAUUCUUUUGUCAUCCAAGAAAAGGCCCAAGUUAUGUGAUUUCGGGUUAGCAACAUGGACUCCAGCACCAUCAGUCCCUUUCCUUUGCAAAACUGUGAAAGGAACAUUUGGAUAUUUGGCUCCUGAGUACUUCCAGCACGGGAAGGUAUCGGAUAAAACUGAUGUUUAUGCCUUUGGAGUUGUUCUUUUAGAGCUAAUAACAGGCCGAAAGCCAAUUGAAUCACUAAGGCCAUCCGGAGAAGAGAACUUGGUUCAAUGGGCAAAGCCACUGAUGGAGCAGGGAGACUCAGCGUUAGACAGUUUGCUUGACCCACGAGCCAAAGUUACUCCUAAAAGUUCAAAACUUAUAACCAGAAUAGUUCGCGCUGCAGCUGCCUGUUUGAACAGCGAAGAAUCUUGUAGGCCAAGCAUUAACGACACCAUCAUUCUUCUAAGAGGAGAAGGUUGUCUUAUGAAGGGUAAGGCAAGUUUAGGUAGUCGAAGAAGUUAUGUUCCUCCAAUACUGCAACGUACAAAAAGCGAAAUGAAGUCUCAUUUGGCUUUGGCUAUGCUUGGAGUUUCUGAGCUAGAAGAUGAUGAUUUCUUAUAUGGCCGAUGACACCAACAAAAGUACGUCUGGCGGGGUGAACUCCUGUACCAUUCUUUGCUACACUAGCGUUGUUUCUUGUCGUCUGUUAGUUGACUAUUGAGAUAAAACUUGGCAAGCUAUUGCCUAAGGUGGUGAAUGUUUGUAUAGAAAUAGGAUCAGUGUACAUAAAUAUUCUCAAUAUCUUGCUCGAGAGGGGUCGAGCUUCUGGUUAGGAAGUUAUUGGGUAACCGAGGAACUCAACAUUGUGAAAAUUUGUCCAGAAAUUCCGAGUGAUUGAGUCUGCUCUAUAAUUUUUGUUUGACAAUUCAAUUUCACUCCUUUUAUUGUUAAUGCAAGGAAUUCUUGA